AUGUUUCUGGAUUGGAUAGCUCAGCUUCGUUUGCUGCAGCAUGACUCACAAACAAAUAUUCUUGGUUCUCUUCCUUUGUCUAUCAGAAGAGUGCUGAUAUCUGAAAUUACAGGCUACCUUAAUCCAUCCUCGUCAGGCAAACAACCACCUGACCCAAGCAUCUUUGCUUCACCUGCUCAUGUAAAAUGGUUCAUGGAAGUGAUUGGACAAGGCUUUAACCUACCGUUAGAAGAUAUGGCCAUUACGAAUGACGAUGUGGAUAUCUAUGCUCGAUGGCUGUUUGAAUACAACAUGAGACCUUUGGCUGUGGUGGAAGAAGGGUUGGAGCAGGAGUUUUAUCAGAUUAUAUUUCAUCAGUUUUCAUUGUUAUUUCAACCUCGCAUUACUCGAACAAACAAUGGUGCUUCCAACACUACUUCAGCAGCAGCAGCGACAUCCACACCUCCUAUUUCUAUGCAACAAACAGCACAAGGAGGAGGAGGAUCAACGAAUAAGAUGAAUUCCUUUCAUAUCACCAUGAUGCCUGUAAACGCUCACAGCAAUUUAGGCAUGCCGUUCACGCCUAAUCCGUUGCCACCAACAAACCCAAGUAGCUCAUCUAAUGCUCAGAGCGCUCUCAAGGAAACACUCUCUCAACUCGUGCAAAGACAUGUCGAAUUAUGUAAAAAGACGCUCAAAGUAUUCGCCAUGGCUGGAAGGACCUUGAAACUGUCUACCGAGACGUGGUCUGUCUUGUUGAAGGUGAUGUUGGGUAUCACGGAUUAUCUAUUGAAGGAACCGUCAGGAGGAGAUACACUCAAUCUGGGUGUGGUGAACAUGGCGGAUGAAUUAUGCGACAGCCUGUUGCAGGUCUUGUUUGAACUAUGGCUUCGAUCAAACACCAUGGACGUGGAGAUGUGGGACAUCUUGAAGAGCUGCUUUAUUCGAUGGACACACAGAUCAAAGGCGAUACAGCAGUGGAGUUCGACAUCUUUAGCACUGACAAAGCGAAUUCAAAACUUGAUCUAUGGAGACAAGGAAGGCACAGAUGGCGUCUAUGUGAAUGGACCUAACAUCAAGCUCGACCUCCCAGCAGAAUUUGUAUACUACGCAUGGCAUCGAGUAAUUUACCUGAUACCUCACCCACUUCAACUUCCACCCAAUAACUUUACACUUGCGAUGCUCGGUAUUGGCAAUCUGGUAGAUACACUGAAUUCAUCCAUCAGUGGCGUCGACAUUGUCAACCAUGAAUCAUCGCCUGCCACCAACCCAGACGGCAACACACUGCUGCACAUGCUAGGCACCUAUCUCUUUGAUGCUGCUUCCAAAGCCAUUAACACGGACGCUGAAUCACAACGAGGAUGUGCGGAAUCAUUUGCUACACUGUGCAAGAUAUUCUGUAAACCGCAAAAGAGAGAACCGUUUCUCCGCACCUACAUUGAGCGAUUUUAUGCAGCAUUGCAAGUGGGACUCAAAUCUGAAGCUUGCUUACCGACCAUUCUACUGUCAUGCACAGAGUUGUUUGCUACUGAUCUGGAGGGUGUGAGGAUGCUGGUUCCUGAUUUUAUUUCAGCGAUCAAGAUGGUAUUACCCAAGCUGCGAUUCGAGUGUAGAACCAAUGUGUCGAUUGAUAACCUGAGAUUGGCCGCCAUCAAAGUGCUGAGUACCAUCAUGUGUAUGCCAAAUCACUUUGACAAGGUGGAACUGCAUUUGGGCUGGGAUUGUGAGAUGAAUAACCCGUCGUCAGAGAAUGUUGCUUUGGUAGGAGAGCAGGAGCAGUUGAUUACACAGUUGAUUCGCGUCUUGUAUGCAUCGCCCACAGAAGGAAACACGGAGCGUCCGUUUUUAUCACUCAAAUUCUAUAUCUUGGAAGUCUUGCUCAUGUCUCUUCGAACAGAGACAUCCUCUUACAACAUGCGAUAUAUCCUUCAUCUGAUCAAUGUCUAUGUGAUUGAGGAUGUGCCAUUCUGUCCAGGAUUGGUGGGGACCGUCGUCAAGCUGAUCCAAGACAAGAUUCUGACAAUGCAGCUACCCGCAGAUGUGACAUUGGUGGCGUUCGAUGUGCUCAUGGAUUUUGUUGAUUUAUACGAUUUUGUGAAACGAGAUAGUAAGAAUGUGGCGAGAGAACUCGUAUUGGCAUUGAGUCGCUAUGUGGAUACACUGAUCAGCGGAGGAAAAUUGGCACAGACAUACCCCUUGAUCGUUCAGGCAUAUGAUUGUAUGAUUAAAUGGAUCCUGGUCAGCCAGUGGAUUAUCGAUGAUAGAGAUUGCUACAAGGCGGUAAUUGCUACACUCAGCAAAGGAAUCACCCUAUUUGACAGAGAGAAUAUGGCACCCUCAGCGCCUGCAGAACCUGUAAACGUGGAGAAAAAGAAAAGACGAGAAACAGCAUUUCCACCUACCAAACAGCUAUUCCAGCUUCCUCCGCGUGUCAACAAAGGCGUCCAUCAUAACAGCAGUAGCCACCAUCCUCAAGACCAACAUGCCACAUCAUCCAACACGAGUGCAAGGCCAAGCUCCACACUACGUAAAAAGGAGCAGGUGGCCGUCAGAAUGGCAGCAGAGUAUUGUAUGUCCCAGUUUGUCAACCAACUAGGCAGGUUUGCCUUGCCUUAUGAACAUGCCUUGGGCGGCUCCAGGUCAGCAAAGGCAGACGACGUGGCUCAACUAAAGCACAUCAGGGCCGCCGACAAGGAAAACUGGACAGAACAUGCUACAUCCAUACGCUACUUUUUGAUUGACAAGCGCACGUUAUUGACCAUCAUUGAUGUCACAGAUCCACAGCCCAAGAAUGAUGAACCUGGCAACGUGCCAUCCAUUGUCGUUGUGAUCCGUGAUACCACUGGCAAGUAUAUGUGGUCUAUGGAAACGCGCUACAAUGACCACCACAAGCCAAGCACGAAAAGCAGCCAUUCCGAUUACUUGCAACCCCCUUCUAUCCACGAUAAGCGAUCCUCCCUCUACAAAUCAACGCCCCCUCUUCCUCAUUCACAGCCACAGCCGCAGGUCACUGUGCCCACAGCAACUGCAGUCAAUGAAAAGGAGAUGCCCAGCAUGGAUGAAGUAUUUGUACCUAAUUCAGAAGAGUGGCAUCAAUGGGAGAUGGCCAAGAUACUGAUGCAACGACAAGAGACUUCAGAGGAGACGUACGUCAAGCAAGACAAAGAUGCCCUCGUCAAGUGUCAAAUAGCACCCUCUGCUUCCAACAUUGAUCUCGACAGUCCAAGAGGAUUCAGGCUCUUGCUCUCUCAAAUUGGAUUUCUACUGCCCAAGAACAGACAUCAUAUUACGCCGUUGCCAAUGUCUGAUUCUGUGAUUUCAGAGAUGGAGACGUUAGACAUGUUGAACGAGCGCGAUUGCAUUUCUAUAUCAGCGUAUUAUGCUAAAUCAGGCAGUGUAUCGUGGUCAGAGCUGAUAGAGACACCACCUGCCCUGAGUGAGCAGUUUAUCCAAUUCAUCAACUGUCUUGGAUGGCCCGUCAAUACCCACCAGCAUAGAGGAUACAAGGGCAAGUUGGAUGCAUCCAUUUGCGAGACCGUUCCCUACUAUUCAGAUCGCACGGUAGAGUUUGUCGUCAAUGUGCCCUAUUUUUUGAAAAAACCUGCUGCUGAUGCCAUGGAAUGGGGCAACAUGAACACAAUAGCUAAGAUCCAUCAGCAAAUCUCUUCUAACGAUCAUGUGUGUGUGAUUUGGAUUGAAGAUUUAGCUCACUAUAAAUCCUUGGCGAACUUGAUCAAGGCAUCCAGCUCAGCCAACUCAAAGGCCAUGGUCUACAUCUUUAUCAACCCGCUCAAACACAGUGCCAAUGGAUUGUAUUGGGUUCGUAUUCUUGUGCCUCAUCAGGGCAAUUCACCAGCGAGUGUGUUGGCGAGUCAGAGGUUGGAUGAAAAUGCACUGAUUUUUGGCCCAUUAGUGGAUGGCAUUGUUGUGAGUCGUCAUGCUUUGGGCUCCAUGGUGAGAAGCACUGCGAUAUCUGCACAUCAAGCAUGCAGAGUAGUGACAGACACGUACACGCGCCCUUAUGUCAUUCGAAAGGAGUAUAUAGAAGAGAUGGCUCAUCGACACCGAGUCAAGUUACCCUUAUCAGAGUUCUACUCUGAUGUGUUUGCAGAGAGAGAUCAUUAG